AUGGCUGGUGGAAAUACUGGCAUUGCAUUUGUACCUGCAACACAAUAUAGUGAUCUGAGAGGGGGAACAUUUUUAAAUCUUGAUGCCUAUUCAACCACAAAUCCUGAAAUUGCCCAACCAAGUGACACAGGUCCAGUAUUGUACACAAAUAUGACCCAAGGAGGACAAGUUGGUGGUUUUCCACAUAUGGACUUUUCACAAGAUUUUGGUUUUGAUGGAGGGAAAGGCAAGAGAGCUAGAUAUGACAAUAGAAAUGCUCCAUCAAAGAAGAAGAAGGGUGGUGCUGUUGUGGAACCAUUUAAACCCGGUGAAAGAGCUACAAUAUUUCUGGGUGGGCUGAGUCCUAAUUGUGAAGAAAGAGAUUUAUGGGAUUUAUUUAGUCAAAGUGAGAUUCCUCUGAAAGCUGUAAGGAAGAAAUAUGGGAAACCAUUUGGUCAUAUAGAUUUACAGAACCCUAAAGAUUUGAAUAAUGUGUUGGCUAUGAAUGGUUUGAUGUUUAUGGGAUGUGCUCUAAGGUUAGAGAAAUCCUCUGCCAGUGCACCUGCUGCAACUUUAUCUACUGAAGGAAAAGAUGUAAAGACACUAUUUAUAGCUAAUUUAGCUGCUUCAGUAACAGAAGAAGUAUUAGAAGAAUAUUUCCCUGACUGUGAUGAAGUUAGGCUGCCUGUUGAUAGAUAUGGUAACCACACAGGCUUUGCCUUUCUAAAAUAUAACAGCCAAGAAAGAGUUAAAGAGUUAAUAGAAAAACAACAAGGUCAGAUUUUAGAAGGAAAUGCUAUGAUUUUGGAUUAUGCAGCUGGUAAAAGUUCAGCACAUAGAGGUCCCACAGAAAGUGAAAAAGAUCCUAAGAACUUAUUUGUCGGAAAUUUAGACCCAGAUGUUCAAAAAGAUGAUAUUGGUAAACUGUUUCCAGAUGCUAGAGAAGUUAGGUUUCCUAAUGAUGGUAAAACAAGCUAUUGUUUUGUGAGGUUUGAUACAGAAGAAGCUGCUAAAAGUGCCAAAAUCAGUAAACAAGGUGUUGAGUUACAUGGUAAAGAACUAAUUAUAGAUUAUGCUGCAGCUAAACAGAGGAAAGAAAAAGAUAAAGGAGAAGGAAGUGGAGGUACUAAAAUUAUAGUUGUAAAAAACAUGUCAUUUAAAACCAGUGAAGUCCGUCUCCGUCAAGAAUUUCCCAUAGUUGAACAUAUUCGAAUGGUGUAUUUUCCAGGCACUGAUCGGCCUAAAGGGUAUGCCUUUCUGGAGUUUCCAUGUGUAGAUGACACUGAUGAUGUCUAUAAUGAGAUAAAUCAGGACGGAAAGACAGUUGACGGCAGGGUUCUGAUUGCUGAAUAUGCGCUUGAAAAGGGUUCUAAAGCUUAUAAAGAACGAGGAUCUCAGCUGGAUGAUGAGAGGUUAAUGGAUUCACAUAGAAAGUCACUAUGGGGACCUCAAGGUAUGGCGUAUGAAGGAUUUAUGAAUGAACAAGGCCAUGGAUAUCAAGGUGCUAUGCCAAUGGGAGGAAAUAGAAGAUUUGGUGGUCCCUUUGGUGCAGGGUUUCAAUGUAAUUCUAGCUGGGCUGCAGGCUGGGGUGGCAAUGAUGGAUAUGGCACUAGUGGUAUGGGAGCAAUGGGCCAAGAUGAUGGCGGUUAUGUUGAGGAGGAUUUCGACAUAUAUGGAAACUUAGUUCAAAAUCAAAGUUUCAAACAAAAGAAGAAAAAGAAACAAGUUCAAGAAGAGGAUGAAGUUGAAUAUGUGGAUGCUCCAGAGUUUGGUGCAGAUAUGGGUCUUCCAAUGAGUUUCACAGGUCGUAGUGGGGAAGGGGAGAAACCAUCCAAACCUCAACAACAAAAAAGAUCUAACAAUCAGCAGCAAAACAGGUUCCGAAAUACUUCUGCAGACAUAUCAGAAGAAGCCCGAAAUAGUGGCUGGGGUUAUAAAGCUAAAUCUAAAGAAACUGCAGUGGGAUUUGGAGAGAUAUCAGCAAGGGCUAAAGCAAGUGGCUGGGGUACUGGUUCUAGAGGAGGGCGAGGAGGUCAGAGAGGAGGGGGACAGAAGAGAUAUAACAAACAAUCUUCAGAGGAAGUAAUGGAAGUAGAUGAUUCAUCUAUGGGGCUACCUUUCUCCUUCACUGGUAGAACUGGUAAAAGGUAA